GUAGGUGUGAGCGCAUGUAUUUGUGUGGGAGUUUCUCAUAGGCUGCUACGCCCCUCGAGAGGAAGUGUCCCGAGUUCCAAGCGUGAGUUCCGUUCCAUUUCGUUUCGUUCCUGUUCCGGUGUGUGAGAGAGAGAGAGAGAGAACAAGAAGAAGAAUUGCAAGAUGACCGAUUCAAAGUAUUUCACGACAACGAAAAAGGGCGAAAUCUUCGAGCUGAAAUCGGAGCUGAACAAUGACAAGAAGGAGAAGAAGAAGGAGGCGGUGAAGAAGGUGAUUGCCAGCAUGACAGUGGGCAAGGAUGUAUCCGCUCUCUUUCCCGACGUGGUCAACUGCAUGCAAACGGAUAAUCUGGAGCUGAAGAAACUGGUUUAUUUGUAUUUGAUGAAUUAUGCCAAAUCUCAACCGGAUAUGGCCAUAAUGGCGGUGAAUACGUUUGUCAAGGAUUGCGAGGAUUCAAAUCCAUUGAUACGUGCAUUGGCUGUACGCACCAUGGGAUGCAUACGUGUGGAUAAGAUUACGGAAUAUCUAUGUGAACCGCUAAGGAAAUGCCUCAAGGAUGAGGAUCCGUAUGUGAGGAAAACGGCAGCUGUUUGUGUUGCCAAGUUGUAUGACAUUUCGGCCACCAUGGUUGAGGAUCAGGGAUUCUUGGAUCAGCUGAAGGAUCUGCUCUCCGAUUCGAAUCCCAUGGUGGUGGCCAAUGCCGUCGCUGCCCUCAGUGAGAUCAAUGAGGCAAGUCAAUCCGGACAGCCGCUGGUGGAGAUGAAUUCGGUGACCAUCAACAAAUUGUUGACGGCUCUCAACGAGUGCACGGAAUGGGGACAGGUCUUCAUACUCGACUCCCUGGCCAACUACAGUCCCAAGGAUGAGCGGGAGGCGCAAUCCAUCUGCGAGCGGAUCACACCUCGAUUGGCGCACGCCAAUGCGGCGGUUGUUCUCAGUGCCGUCAAGGUGCUGAUGAAGCUGCUCGAGAUGCUCUCCAGCGACAGUGACUUUUGUGCCACGCUCACCAAGAAGCUGGCGCCUCCUCUGGUCACGCUGCUGUCCUCGGAGCCGGAGGUGCAAUAUGUCGCCUUGCGUAACAUCAAUUUGAUUGUCCAGAAGCGUCCGGACAUCUUGAAGCAUGAGAUGAAAGUGUUCUUUGUCAAAUACAAUGAUCCCAUCUAUGUGAAGCUGGAGAAACUGGACAUAAUGAUACGUCUGGCCAAUCAGAGCAAUAUUGCCCAGGUGCUGAGUGAACUGAAGGAAUAUGCCACCGAGGUGGAUGUGGAUUUCGUACGCAAAGCCGUGCGUGCCAUUGGACGUUGUGCCAUCAAGGUGGAGCCAUCGGCGGAGCGUUGUGUCUCCACAUUGUUGGAUCUCAUCCAGACCAAGGUCAACUAUGUGGUCCAAGAGGCCAUUGUGGUCAUCAAGGACAUCUUCCGCAAGUAUCCCAAUAAAUAUGAGAGCAUCAUUAGCACACUGUGCGAGAAUCUGGACACUCUGGAUGAGCCGGAGGCACGUGCCUCGAUGGUCUGGAUCAUCGGGGAGUAUGCGGAGCGUAUUGACAAUGCGGAUGAGUUGCUCGACAGCUUCCUGGAGGGAUUCCAGGAUGAGAAUGCCCAGGUGCAGUUGCAGCUGCUCACGGCGGUGGUGAAGCUGUUCCUCAAGCGACCAUCGGACACACAGGAGCUGGUGCAGCACGUGCUCUCGCUGGCCACCCAGGACUCUGAUAAUCCCGAUUUGCGUGAUCGUGGCUUUAUCUAUUGGCGUCUGCUAUCGACGGAUCCGGCUGCCGCCAAGGAAGUUGUGCUGGCGGACAAGCCAUUGAUAUCGGAGGAAACGGAUCUACUGGAGCCAACGCUGCUGGACGAGCUCAUCUGUCACAUCAGUUCGCUGGCGAGUGUCUACCACAAGCCGCCCACCGCCUUUGUGGAGGGGCGUGGCGCUGGCGUACGCAAAUCGCUGCCAAAUCGUGCUCCUGGCGCCGGCAGCGGCAGUGCGGAUCAGUCGGAGACGGCUGGCGGAUCGGAGGCAAUGGUUAUACCCAAUCAGGAGUCCCUCAUCGGUGAUCUGCUGUCCAUGGACAUCAAUGCACCCGCCAUGCCCGCCGCGCCAGCAACAACCACCAGCAAUGUGGAUCUGCUGGGCGGUGGAUUGGACAUACUGCUGGGUGGUCCACCCGCAGCGAGUGUUGAGGCAGCACCGGGUGGUGCAACCAGUUUGCUGGGUGACAUCUUUGGACUGGCGGGCACCUCGCUGUCCGUUGGCGUGCAAAUACCAAAGGUCACCUGGUUGCCCGCGGAGAAGGGCAAGGGAUUGGAGAUUCAGGGCACAUUCUCGCGUCGCAAUGGUGAAAUCUUCAUGGACAUGACGCUCACCAACAAGGCCAUGCAACCGAUGACCAAUUUCGCCAUCCAAUUGAAUAAGAAUAGCUUCGGUCUGGUGCCCGCCUCUCCCCUCCAGGCGGCACCAUUGCCUCCGAAUCAGAGCACCGAGAUGACUCUGUCAUUGGGCACAACGGGUCCCAUUCAGCGCAUGGAACCGUUGAAUAAUCUCCAAGUGGCUGUCAAGAAUAACAUUGAUAUCUUCUAUUUCGCAUGCUUGGUCCAUGGCAAUGUCCUGUUCGCCGAGGAUGGUCAGCUGGAUAAGCGUGUGUUCCUCAACACCUGGAAGGAGAUUCCGGCGGCCAAUGAGCUGCAGUAUAGCUUGAGUGGUGUCAUUGGCACCACCGAUGGCAUCGCCUCCAAAAUGACCACCAAUAACAUAUUCACCAUUGCUAAGCGCAAUGUCGAAGGUCAGGAUAUGCUCUAUCAAUCCCUCAAGUUGACCAACAACAUUUGGGUGCUGCUCGAAUUGAAAUUGCAACCGGGAAAUCCAGAUGCCACGCUCAGUCUCAAGUCACGUUCCGUUGAGGUGGCCAAUAUCAUUUUUGCCGCCUACGAGGCCAUUAUACGUUCCCCUUAAUUUAUCCAAUAAAAACCCAGAACAACCACAACAAUUUCUAACUAAAAUGUCGAAAAUCGUAAUGAAAUUAUAAAUAUUAUUCCUAGUUAUUUGAAUGUUUGUUAAAAUGAGAGUUACAACAAGAAAAAAAAGAGAUAAUAACCUCAAUCCCAAAUUAGCGCAAAGAUCAUGUGUAUUAUUAAUAAUACUAUUAAUUAUCUAUAUAUAUAAUCGCCUAUAUAUUCACGUUAUAUCAUUUACAUUCUUUUUUUUAACCUAUCGACUAUAAUCACACCCUCUAUAAGGUAUAAAAACAAAA